AUGUUUUAUUCGCCGAGAAUUAUGUUUUUAGCUGACAUAACAUUAAAUUGGAACUCGCUAAGUAGUAUGUUGAUUACAUUAUGCAAUGGACUCCUUUCCAUGCUUACAUCAGCCUCAAUUUCCAUAACAGAUUCAAAGAUAUCGAUUUUAUUUGCAACAUUAAUUAUAACGUACUUACAGUUGUUCCUAUCGGUCUAUUUAUUUGUAAAUGUAUCGUUCAUUAACAGAAAAAUCGGUUCUAUUUAUUCCGGAAUAUUAUUUGGUUGUGGAGCAGCAAAUAUCGUUAAUAUCAUUGCAGUUUAUAAGACUAUCAACUAUACAAUCAUAUUCUUCGCUACAAUCUUAUUAGUUAUCGCUUCUGUUCCAAUAUUUUUGAUGAUAUCAAAUAAAAUCGUUCAAAAAGCUCUAACGAGGAUAUCUUUUGUUGACAAUGAGAAUCAGAAACAAGUUUACAACAAAGCCGAUGAAUUUAUUUCAGAUGUAAAAUUAACAAUCGAAUUUUGUCCUCUGCAAGUGUUUUCUUGGACAUUAUACGAAUUCUUCCUCGAACUAGAACCUCGAAACAACGAUUUGAUACUACUUUAUUGCAGAUUGAUCUCUGCAUUUCCAAGAUAUCAGUAUCAUCUCGACGAUGUAGCGAAAUUCAUGAACUAUUCAACUCUCAAACUACGUAGAAUAUAUUUCUUGCAAUUAUCGCACAUCAUCCGCCAUAGACAUACCACUACAACUACAGAAGUUAUUUCAUUUUUCAAUGAUUACGAUAAUCAGAACAGAACUUUACAAUUAUUGACCCAGAAAUUCUGGGAAAACGUUUUAUCAGAGAACAGAUCUGCUUUUUGGACGACAAUGUUAGAUUAUAACAAAGAAAUCAAGAACAUGGAAGUUUUAGUGAGACAAGCGAUCAACGAUUUCGAGAACAGCCCUGAAGUAAUCUCACAAGCCAUAAGAGUUUAUCAAACAGUCACUUUUAACUUCCAUCAAGCAAAUAAACACUCUGAUGAGCUGAAAUUGUUAAUGAGUGGUGUUCCUGCGCAUCCUGAUCGUGCUCUUCCUAACAUUCUUUCGGUGUUUCCGAUGAUUGGAGGCAUUUCCGCCGAUGUCGUACAGGAUAUUGAAAUUUCUGGCCACGCGAUUGACAUGCACGAUAUCGAUUCCGACUUAAUGCAGCGUAAAGAAGUAGUCUAUGACCUUCUCAGCCAUCAAAAAGUCGGCCAAAUUUGGUUACAGGUCAUUUACUUCAUUUUGGCGAGUGUUUUGUUGGUUGUUUUCGGAUCUGUGUAUAUAUCUAAGCUCAGUAGUACAGUUGUUAAUGAGAUAACCCAGACAUCAGAUUUUAUGAUCGAAGCAAGUACGUUGUUACACGUUUUCUCGCGUUAUGCCUUAUUCAAGAGCUUCAACAAAGGCUUGUACCACACGAAAGAUACUCCUAUGUCCAAUUCUGAUGAAACCAUGAAACAAAUUUCUCCGAAUUGGUAUCCAGAGUACCUUUCUAAGUAUGAUCCGUCGGAUACAAAGAUGGCCAGCUUGGAAUAUUCUCUUAAAAAAGAACUAGGACUAACGGUAGAGAAAUUAAGAGAAUUAGAUCAAACAAGAGAGAACGUUAAGGUGUUUAAUGAUCGGUUCUUGGUCGAACAGUUCGAACCAUACAAUUAUACACUCAAUGAACUCAUGGUUAACAUAUUUUCUUACGAAAAAUUGGAUUUAACUUUCCUCCAAAUGACGAAAACAGCAUUUACAUACUUGAAAGACAUCAUAGCAGAGUUUGCUGAUGCUACGGACUUCACGAAUACUCCUUUAUCCAUUAAUAUUCUUAUGAUAUUAACUUUGUUAAUAGAUUUAUUGGUUUAUUGUCUUCCUAUGGUUCUCUAUUACUUCCUUAUCCAUGUUCAGAUGGAAGAUAUCUGUUCUAUGUACUUUUCCCUUCCAAUGAGCGAAGUCAAGAAAAUAAUCGGAGACCAAACAAAAGCUAAGAAGGAAAACAGCCUCGCAAUGACCUUAAUAUCCUCUUCCGAUAACAAAUUCUUGAACUUUCCCAUGGCAAUAGUACAGUAUACAUUGUGCGUCGCCUGUAGCCUACAGCUACAGGCACCGACACAAUGA